AUGGAGUGCAAACCAUGGUACCCAGUCGACUUCAACCAAGCCCUCCUUAACACCUUCACAGAGGAAACAUUGACAGAGUUCCUCGGAAGGCCAAACUGUUCACCGCGCUUCGUCUACGGAGUGUUAAUGCUUCCCACCGUACUCAAGUAUUUCAUAAGAGAAGACCCAGCCACCGACAUCACAAAAAGAAUGAUCCGGGCAUGUGUAUCAGGCUACAUGCUCUACCAGAUAUCACCGAAGAGUCCGCCUGUCGUUGUUCAAACAUUCAAUCCGCAUGAUACGGUGCAAGGAAUGCUCGUAUUGGGACUGGACGUGGACCAGCGGAACUUGAUAUAUGAUUUUGAAGGAGGACUUAUGAACCUAGUGGACGUGAGGGCUCAGAUAUGUCUGAAGGAUAGUAGCUUACCUUGCCAUGAUAUUUGCAGUGAGCAGAUGGUUGAUGCUGGUAUGUUUGCUUGGCAUGGUUCGAAGGAGGGCCUGAUACCUGUCGAGAGCACGGCUUGGCCACUGGAUUGGUUUUUGAAAGAAAAGUUCUAUGAGAACAUUGUUAAUUCCCAGCACAGGCAUAUGCUAGACGGGUCGGGGUUGUUUCUGUAA